AAAGACAGAACACGCACAAGCCUUUCAUGUUUGCCGAACGCUCGAAACUCUAUCCCUCUUUGUCUUUUGUAUCGCUGUCUCUUUCUACGUUCGGCACACUACAAAGAAUGUAGGACCUCUACCGUAAAUGUUACAAUCGAGACCGGCAAAAGUAACAUUUACGGAGAGAAUACUGUAGGUAUUGAUAUUGUUUUCUCUUAAGUUUUUUUUCUGUACUCGUGUUUAUAUAAAGUCGCUAUAUUUUGCAGAUUAAACGAAUUUGUGAUCGUUUUCAAGUAACAGGAUCACUAAUUGUAAGUCAAGGAAGAAUAGUUAGAGAUGUUACCCCAUCCACAGCAAAGUUGGACAUGAAUGGAUGAAAUCUAUGUCCUGGCAGCGGUGAAUGAAAAACCAACAACUUGUGUACGAAAAUUAGCGGAGAGCUGUGGAAUAUCAAAUUCCACUAUUCACAACAUUUUAAAAAAGCACAAUAUGAUGCCAUAUAAGCCAAUCAAAGUUCAAAAAUUGUUUGAUAAAGACUUUGAAGUUCGUUUGCAAUUUGCAAUAUGGUUUGCAGAUAAAUUGGCGGAGGACCGAACUUUUUUCCGGAAUAUAUUUUUUACGAAUGAAUGUGUAUUUUCGACGAACGGACAAAUAUGUCAUCAAAAUGCGCGAAUGGGGUCGUUAGAAAAUCCACACUGGAAGAGACCAGUUAAUCACCAAUCCAGAACAAACAUUUUGGUUUGGUGCAGAAUUUUUAAUAGAUAAAUUUAUGGACCGUAUUAUUUUGGAAGCUCUAUCACGGCGCAUUCAUACCUUACAUUUUUAAACAAUUUUUUAUUUAAUAUUUUGGAGGACAUAAAUCUUGUCGAUAGGAAAAAUAUGUGGUACCAACAUGAUGGAGCUCCGCCACAUUACGCAAAAGAGACUAGGAACUGGCUAAACAAAAUAUUCAGACAAAAAUGGAUAGGCCAUGGUGGAUCAAUUUCUUGGCCACCACGGUCACCCGAUUUAACAUCAUGCAACUUUUUCUUAUCGGGAUAUAUAAAACAACAAAUUUACAAAACACCAGUACACAAUAUAAUAGACUUAAAAAAUAGAAUCCAAACUGCGUGCGUGAAUGUUCCAUCCGAAAUCAUAGCAAAUGUCGAAAACGAAUUUAUAAAGCGAAUAGAAACCCGUAUUUUAAACAGCGGAAGGCAUGUGGAAUAAAUUUUUUGCAUAAAAUAUUUUUAAAAAUUAACAUCAAAUUGUUUUUAUACCUACCUUCUACUAAA